CUGAAGAUGGAAAUAGGAGCGUCGCAGAGCGCGUCUUCCGGCGAUCGACACCGAAGGAGCGGGGAGAGGAUAAGCUUUCAGAUGAGGCCUUCGCUUACUAUAAGAAGGCAAUGCCUCCGUAUCAGUGGAGAACACAAUCGUCGCUUCUCAAGAUUCGAGAUCGCCGGAGAUUGCGAAACCGGUUCGUUUUCUUCCCCUCUUCGUGUUCGAUUAAAUGCCGCAGAGGUUGGGCUCCCUUUCGUUUCCGAGAUCGAGGUAGAGAUCGCCCUAUUGUAUUGCCUGCAAAGCAACAUCGAUUGGAGAAAGAUUACCCGACUUGACUCCCUUAGAUUUAGUCUUUGGAUAGAAAGAGCAGAGAAGAGCUAAUAGGAUGGCUGGUGGCAUGUCAUUGAGUUCUGAUGGUGGCCGGCCCACUCCUUUGGAAGGGAAGUUCACUUUUUAUGUGGCUAUCUGUGCAAUAAUCGCUGCGACUGGAGGCCUUAUGUUUGGCUAUGAUAUUGGGAUAUCUGGAGGAGUGACAGCAAUGGAUGGAUUUUUAGAAAAAUUUUUCCAUACUGUAUAUGUGAGAAAGCACCUGGUUCAUGAGGACAACUAUUGCAAGUAUGACAACCAGGGCCUUCAGCUCUUCACCUCUUCACUGUAUCUCUCUGCACUCAUUGCCAGUUUCUCUGCCUCUAAGUCCUGCACUAAGUAUGGGCGUAAACCAACCAUGCAAGCUGCUUCUGCCUUCUUCUUGGUCGGUACAGUUCUAUGUGCUGCUGCAGUCAACCUUUUCAUGCUUAUCAUAGGCAGGAUCUUCCUUGGAGUUGGAGUGGGAUUUGCCAACCAGGCGGUUCCACUGUUCUUGUCAGAGCUUGCUCCAGCGAAAAUUAGAGGAGCUCUGAACAUCCUCUUCCAACUAGAUGUCACUAUUGGCAUCUUCAUUGCAAACAUUGUCAAUUACUUUACUUCAGAGAUCCACCCAUGGGGCUGGCGGCUCUCACUUGGACUAGCUGGAGUUCCAGCAUCCAUUCUAUGCUUGGGAUCCUUCAUCAUUCCCGAGACACCAACAAGCCUAGUCGAGCAUGGAAAGCUUGAUGAAGGGAUUAAGAUGUUGAGGAAGGUGAGGGGGGUGGAGAAUGUUGAAGCUGAAUUUGAGGAAUUGAAGCAGGCCAGUAAGGUGGCAGAACAGGUGAGACACCCUUACAGGAUGCUUAUGAAGCGGCCAAGCCAACCCCCACUGGUGAUCGGGAUUCUGAUGCAGGUAUUCCAACAGUUCACUGGCAUCAAUGCCAUUAUGUUUUACGCACCAGUCCUCUUUCAAACGGUUGGUUUCAAGAACAACGCAUCACUGCUAUCUUCAGUCAUUACUGGUAUUGUGAAUGUGCUCAGCACACUCAUCUCUGUAUUCUCUGUGGAUAAAGCUGGAAGGAGGGUCUUGCUGCUUUCUGCUUGCUUUUUUAUGUUCAUUGCCCAAACUACAAUUGGCAGCAUUCUUCAUGUGUACUUGAAGACCACAAAUAGCCUCCACAAAGGGACUGCCAUAGUAGUUGUCUUACUGGUCUGUAUGUUUGUGAUGAGCUUUGCAUGGUCUUGGGGUCCUCUAGGUUGGUUGAUACCAAGCGAAACAUUCCCAUUGGAGACUAGAGCAGCUGGAUUCUCCUUUGCUGUCAGCGCCAACAUGCUCUUCACCUUUCUCAUCGCACAGGCCUUCCUUUCCAUGAUGUGCCACAUGAAGUCCAGCAUUUUCUUCUUCUUUGCAGUGUGGAUCUUCAUCAUGGGAAUAUUCGUCGUGUUCUUGUUGCCUGAGACAAAGGGGGUUCCUAUCGACGAGAUGAACGAAAGAGUCUGGAAGCAGCACUGGUAUUGGAAGAAGUUCAUGGAAGAUAAGUAUGAGGAUCUGUCUGAAAACCAGGAAAGAGAGCCUCCUGUUGGUGUUCAUGAUGACAAUCUUGUGGUUUGAUUUGUAACUUAUUUCAAGACAUUGUAAACAUUUUUAUUUGAUUAUUAUAUGUUAUAUGAUAACAUAUGUUUGCUGAACAACAAGUUCAUGCUUUUGGUGCUAUGCAAACCACCUUAAAGUUGUAUGAAACAUGUUUCUUUUGAGCUUAAGCUUCGUUUUCUAAUAGUUUUCUUACUGCUUUUUAAAGCAGAUUUCUAGUACAAAAAUCUUGUACUAAAAAACUACUUUAUAAAGGAAUAUGAAAGUUGUCCCAAAAGAAGCCUUAGUCCUUA